AUGUCAUCCGCGAAGGAACUCACCGACACCCCAACCGAUUUUCUGUAUUGCCACGAGGAUAUGCAAGCCUGGUCUCCCCUUGAGCUUUUUCCAGCAGAGGAAGACGACGACUUCUUCGAAGACGACGAAAUGAUGGAUGAUGAGAUGACAUUCCCUUACGGUUUCAGUGAUUAUUACGGUAACCAAAAGGACGGGGAGGAUGAAUUUUCUGGAGACUCUAUCGAUUCUCCACCUCCCGAGGACGGACCCAACGACGACACUCUCGCGCUGGUCCCAUUCACUCCCACCCCGCAGCCCCCAGGCGUGCACGGCUUCACCGGGUUCGAGCCGGAGGCGGACAUGGCGGCGUGGGCCGAAUGGUUGCUUCAGGUCGACCCGAUCGAGAUCUUCCUGAAGAUGUACAAGACCGGCAUCCCACGCUUUGGGAACCGCUACCUCACCUACAUCCCCGUCGACCCUGCCCACGCCGGGAACCUGCUCCAGUUCCACACCAACACCCUCGAGCUCAGCAUGCUGCCGGGGAGGAUCAGCAGGACGGAGGGCCUGGUCGCCGAGACGCGCUGCAUCAACUCGGGGCGGAGGCUCUACUGCUGCAUGCGCUGCUUCGCCAGCUCUAGGGUCAAGCCCUUCAUCGACACCAGCUACGACGGCAUCGUCGGGCACAUCUGCCGCGAGACGGCGUGCCGGAGUCUGCAUGGCUGCUUCUUCAUUCAUCUGCGAUCGUAUUUAAAGCUCCCAUCCGCCUCGCCCCGCACGAUGUUCGUAAAGAUCCAUUCACCUUUCACCACUUUCGUGGUCACCGACCAGCAGAAGCUGGAGGGCGUGUUCCUCUCUGACGGUAUGAUGGUCCUCCCUUCGUACCUUCACAAGGUGGGCAAUGUAUAUCGGUACAUGUACUCUGAGGUGCGCCCCACCACGGCCGGAAACCUGCAUAGUAUGCAGGAGCAUUACAAACCUGACAUGGACGCAACCGAUGAGCAGAUGCUCGCUAAGGAUUGCGACAUCUGCACCGACAGCAAGAUGUGGCGCUUUUUGAAGCAGAACUACGAGGCCAUCAAGGGCAUCGAUCGCAGGAGCCUGCGAGCGUUCUGCAACCUAUCCAUGGAGGAGCGCCUCCCAGGCGCUGACUCCGCCGGCACCAGGGACCCUGCCGAGGAGCUUGUCAAGUACCUUGGCGACCAAACGACGUUCUCGAGGGAGGAUAUAGAGACCCGCAUCCAGCCCCUCAAGGAUGCCAUCCUGAAGCACGACGAGAGAACCAUGCGGUUCCUGCGUUUCAAAGGUCUGGACUGUUCCCCUCUCGGCGAAUGCGAGGUCGACAUCGAGGCCUAA